GAUGGCCUCUAGAGAAGACCUCGUAGCGGUUCGGAAGAACCGACUGCCCGCUUGCUGCUCCUGCAGUAGAUGUUUUCCCAACUUCGCGACGAAAUGGGUCGGCAGACGUCUGGACGGUUCUCCCGGCGCGAAAAUCGUGAUCAGCAUCGCCGUUUUCCUGGUCGUUUCUGUAGCCCCUUUAAUGUCCCUGGCCAUCAAUGACGCCAUGGACUGUGAGAAACAGUGGGAGAGUCUGAGGAUUAUUUUCAUCGUGCUUGUCUACCUGGGGAUCCCAUGUGUAGCGGUCAUCGCGUAUGUCAUUCGGCGGGAGCCCUUUGUGCGAGAGGACACCGACCAGGCCGGGGUUGGAGCAGCGGAAGGUUUGGAGCUGUCGCUUCUUUUCGUACCGGUCGCGCUGCUGGCGGUCGGCUGCGUCGCGCUGGACAUUGAGUUCCUCCUACUCUACGGUUCCUGCGCCCAUCGCGACGAGGGAGCCUUUCCCGUCCAACCCAGCUACGUAUACUCCAGCGGUAUGGCGUUUCACGUGGGCAGACUCCUCCUUGUGGUGUCCCAGACGGCCAUGCUCGGGUGGUGCUUCGGCACCAGGAGCUUCGCCAGGCAGAAAGUCUACACGGUUCUCCUGUUCACGCUCGUCGUCCUGGCCGACCUGGCCUCCUGGUUUUACGAAAUGGUGGACAGGCCGUCGGUCCUGUGUAAGACCGUCAACGUCAACGACGUCGUCGUUAACAACGUCAGCUACAAAUUCGUCAACGUCGACCUGACAUGCUGGGACGCCACCAUCGAUAAGUCGAGCUCCUGUAAUUACGCUACAGGAGGGGACACGACGAUAAACUUGUUCACGGUGGAGUACUGUACGUUCGUGAAGUUCCAGCUCUACUGCCAGCCGCUGGUCGGAACUUUCGCCCUCCUCUCCCUCGCCACGAUGUACUACAUGUGGGCCAAAGCGCGUGAGGGGGAGGGGGGCGACGGCGCGGCGGCGACAGGGCGCCAGACCGUCCCGAAUACGCGCCACGCGGCGGGCCCGCUCAUGCGGUUCUUCCUGGUGACGGUGGCCGUUCUCUCCGUCGGAUUGUGGGCGAUCACCCAACAGGCCACCACGGUGUCCAACAAACCGGACUACUACAAAGUCAUCCUGUAUUACUCCUGCAAGGUCCUGUACUUCGGCCUGUUCAUCCUGUCCACGCUGGCGGGGUGCGUGCGGGUCCAGGCCAGCGGGCCGUGGGAGUUCCGGUCUCGGGGAGCCGUUGACGUGCUGCUGUUGCUCCUCAGCGCGGCGGGAGCCCUGUGGAUGAACGUCCGGGGUCUGGAGGGAUGGGCCAAAGCGUCGGUCGACCUGGCGAGGCAGGGCUGCCCUCACGACGCGACGCCGGCAGACUUCGUCAAGCUGCGAGCCCUGCUGAUGGCCGACGCCGUCCUGAACCUGGUCCAGCUCGUGCUGCAGACGACGUUCGUGUUUUCGGCAACGACGCACGGGCGGCUGGAGGGGAGGGUCGGGUCACACUGCGGGCUGCUCUGUCUCUUCAACAUCUGCGUCUGGGUCAACGGAAGCUUCGUCGAGGUGCAGAGGACGCCGCAGACGACGUGCUUCACUACGCCUGUGCAGCGCGCGGCGUUCGGGCCUGCUGACUGGAACGUGUUCGUGCACCUGCUGCAGCCCGUCUGCACGUUCUACUGGCUCUGGUCGGCCCUGCUCAUGCUGCGCCUGGUACUGCGGCAGGGCAGGCCGCCGCCGCGCCGCGGGAACGGAGGAGCCACCACGGUACACGUCGGGGAGGCCGCCAGCAUCACUGUCGGCUGAUGUCGCCAGCUCCUCAAUAACUAUGGACUGAACCCCUGACUGUUGUCUUUUUAAAUGUAGUACAGUGUUCUGCAUCAAAUGUUG